CUCAAACUGCUCCUUGUCACAUCACUGGAAAAACAAUUUAUGUGGGUCAGUGUUCCCAGGAAAAUUAGACCAUAAGAACUGCUCAUUAGUUGUAUACUUGCCCAGGUUACUUUCACUGCAUUUUCACUAUAGGUACUUGUAUUUCUGAUAUGCUGCAUUGGAUUGCUGUGUUAUUUAGUUGACCAUAAUACGCUCCAGUGUACUAUGAUUGGAAUUGGAGCCUGGAGGGGAUGCCAGGGAAAGAAGUGUCUGCAUACGAGGAAAUCAAUGCUCUUGCCUUCAUUGUGCCUCGAUGACAAAUCAUCUCUUGAGAUUGGGGAGGGAAACAAGCUAAAGAGAGACUCAUCAUGGUUCUUGAAAAUAAAUUAGAGUGAUAUGGACAAUCAGUGUGAUAAUGAUACUUUUGAUAACUCUCACACACACACAAACACAUACAGACUGUUCAUCUCUCGUCACCCACUUUGUCCAUUCAGUUUUCCUGGCUGCGGGCACUUUUCCGUGGCAAAAUGUGACACUAGGGGUCCAUGCAGUUUUCUUUCAUCACAGUGCGCCUAGUGUGUGACUGUGAGAACUCACCCACUCUCUGUGUUUUCUUAUACCUCACUCACAAACACACACACACACAGACACUAAAACAAACACACUUUGGUGCCUUCUAUUAUUAGCGCGGUGGGCGCUGGGCGAUACACAAUUUCCUGGAUCUCAGCCUCCGUCAGCAUGUGAUUGGAUACUAUCCAAGGAGCUGUAAUGAAUGUAAGCACAGCUGCAACUGGUGACAGUAUUUCUUUGGAUAUGACCUGCCUUUAGAAGGGCAGAUUAAACCUUUCUAUGACCUAUGCAUCGAAAACAACAAUAGGAUGGACAAGCGACACAAAAAACGCACAAAGCGACAAACAACACACAAAGCAACAGGACACAAUAAUGAUAAUGUCGGCUGUGUUUCCCUGUGGUUACUUAAUUCGAAUCCGCGGACAACUUGCAGCACAUAGCCAAGCUCCGGGGCUCCGGUGAUGUCAUCUGUUCCCCGUCUUUGAGUCGUGUCGUUUGGGGAGGACCGAGGCCGAGUUGGUAACCCCCCCUUCGAACGCGAGCAGGUGGUUGCGGCGGGGCAGACGACGAAAUCGUGGGGCUUUAGCAGCGUGUUUCACUGUCGCAUCCCCGGGUCUGGUUGUCCUUGCUACACUCAGUAGCCUACUAUGAGUAUCCUACACCAGCCAGUCGCGAAUGGCUGCAGCGAACUCAACUGCAUCAAGUCACGACCAUGGAUCCGAUGACCGUCUCAGAGUUCGCGUCGCCUGCACUUUACCAAGUAGAGUUUCGACACUGACGGAGGCCUCGAAGUAAAAAAAACCCUUACGAUUUGAUUUGGUAAGCUUAGGCAUCCGUUCGUUCCUUCUUCAAGCCUCUAACCCGCUGGCUAUAGGAAGUAGGCUAGGUGUUAAAAGGCGGAUCAGCAUCCGAGUUAAGCACCGGGCGCUCUUCACCAGAUGUUGGACAGAACCUUACCCCGGCACUAGCUGGACCACUUUCAUCGCUCUACCACUUGAUAAGACAGCUUGCUCGUAUUCUUUAAGGUGUAACAACGUCAGCCAAAUCGACCAUUGCAUCUUUCGGAAUCCAAUAACGGAGCAGGUGAACUCAGUCUACCCAAGCUUCUUCCCAGUGCCUCAAAUUAGCCCAGAGUCUAUUGGACUGUUUACAGGAUGUGGUGUUUUAUUCCCUUUAGUUCAAGUUGAGAUGCUUUUCGUGUUUUAAGUCUUAAGUGGUUGAGCCAUCAUUGCGAGCUAGGCCUUACAUGUGCCUGAUUCUGUUGUCCGGCUAUAGGAAACCAAUGACCACUGCUGUCCUUCGAACGCUUCUCUAAACCCCAGCCUGCCUUUCCCCAUUUUUUCUACCUCUUCGCCUUUUGGUCCCUUUAAAGAAGAACCUGGAUAUGAGUGUUGUGAGAAGACCUCGGCACCUUUGACUGAAGGAACGAACAAGUCACCAGAGCACGUUACAAAGUGACAGUAGCGCGGCGGGGGUUUGUCAGAGACUGCCCAGUGUGUUUUCACCAUGUUCAUUCGUUGCCUUGAUUAAACGGAACACGCGUACGCCUUCGGUGCGUGCAAGGUGCUGCUGCUAACCCUAGUGCUAUCCCGGGAGCAAUAAAGAACGUCGCUGAAGAGAGAUCCGGACGCUUCGCCUUUUCACUCAGGAGCAAAUAAUGGCCAAUGAACCGGUCAUCCUUAACGUGUAUGACAUGUACUGGAUCAAUGAGUACACCUCCACUCUGGGGAUUGGAGUCUUCCACUCAGGGAUUGAGAUCUAUGGCAGAGAGUUUGCAUAUGGCGGCCAUCCAUAUCCUUUCAGUGGAAUCUUCGAAAUCAACCCUGGAAAUGCCUCUGAGCUCGGAGAGACUUUCAAAUUCAAGGAGUCGAUUGCACUGGGCACAACUGACUUCACAGAGGAGGACAUUGACAAGAUCAUGGAGGAGUUGGGAAAGGAGUUUAAAGGCAAUGCCUACCACCUCAUGCACAAGAACUGCAACCACUUCUCCUCCUCCCUGUCAGAGCUGCUGUGUGGCCGCGAGAUCCCUCGCUGGGUGAACCGGCUGGCCUACUUCAGCUCCUGCAUCCCCUUCCUCCAGAGCUGCCUCCCGAAGGAGUGGCUGACGCCGGCUGCCCUCCAGAGCCACAUCAGCCUGGGCCUCCACAAGGACGAGCAGGCCGAGUCCAGUGACGAGGACUCCCCCUCGGCCACCGGGGCCUCAGGAGGUGCCUCUGGGGCCUCCCACAGCUGCCGUCACACCCGGGUCUGACAUUGGGACAGGCCGCGUUGUGUUGUGUCGCGUCGCAUAGCUAAAGCACGGAAACUCUGCUGUUUCCCUUUGGGGCUAGUUGCGGCCCCACCUGCAGGCUUGGAUGACCAACUAACCUCACCUCUCUCCAAAGAUCAAUGGAUAGAAUCAAACCGAGAGAUAGAGAGAGAGAUGGAGAGGGAGGGAGCGAGAAAGAGAGGAGUGGUCCUACUCUGACAACAGAGCCACCACGGAUUACAGAUGAUGCCCAGUUUAUCUCCUUAGCUACAGACUCACCGUUCUUAGAAUUUAUUUCCUUUUUUCACCCUUUUAGAGGAACUAGCCUUUUGCCAAGCCAUUUUUUUAAACUGUUCCUCUUUUACGGGACAAGAAGAUCCCUGCUCUUUUUAAAGUAUGGACAGUGGAGACUGACCAAUGGCAAUCUUCUGUUUUUGUAUUCCUCCCUCAUCUUAGAUUAAAAUGAUAAAUUAGCCUGUCUCUCUGCUCCUGCACCAGUAGCUCAGUUGUCCCUUCGUAGAAUAGGUGUCUGUCUACCUGAGACGGGACUCAGAUUUACCUAUGAACUUUUCUUUGUUGUCUCUGUUGUCACAAUGAGCAACCAGGUUUGCAGGCCUCAGAAUUGGUUUAGCACUGCACUGGUCAAUCAGAAGUUCAAGGGGAAAAAACAAUGUGCCAAGUUGAAAGGAUCCCAUUCUGCAGAUGUCCUCAAAAAAACAUGUCCACCAACCAGAAAAUAUCAACAAACAGCAUAAGUUUGCAUACUGUGGGAACAAUUUUGUUUCAUGUUUCAAGUUUCAGUUGGUUUUUAUUGUCAUCUGUCGUCUGUCUUAUUUUAAAAUCAAAUUCAGGAUUUGUUUCUUUGUUGUAGAACAGAAUUGUUUCCAAUAGGCAGAUGGUUGGCUGAGUUGUACUAAUGAAUAUUUAACUUACUGUAUAUGAGAUUGGUAUUUUAGUCUUGACAGGAGGACAUACAAACACACACACACACACACACACACAUCCAGUCUUGAAUACACAUGCCUGCUCCCACACACUAACACAUACACUGACAUGCGUAUAUUGCGUUCUUUCUGUAAAAAGUCUGCCAUAAAACCUCUCAGUUGUUAAUUCACAGGCUCACAGAUGAACAGUUGCCUGUCUGUAUUCAAAUGCCCCAUCUGAACAAUGAUUGGAGUUGUUGUGCUUCUGAUUGAUGGGGGAAGGGAGAUUGGAGGAUAGGGAGUGGAAAAGGGUGUUGAAACCGGGGGGGUUUCUACUGUGAAGUAUUCCACAAAGGCUGUGAGGAGUGAUCAAGCUAAACUUAUGGCUCCCACAUUAACGGCCACUCAGUUUCCCUGCUGCCCAUGCCUGCUCAUAUGAUCUCUGAGGUAAUGGUGGUGGGGGUUGGGCAACAGGGUCGUCUGGCAACCUACCAGUCUUGGGUUUCCCAAAGGCUGUUUUUCUGUGUAUAGUCUCCAGUUAAAGUUUUGGGUUGGGACUGAAACAAAAUGCAUUGUGCACCCACUAAUAUGUCUCACACAUCUGAGUAGUUUGGUGCCAUAUACCAUGCGUGUUUCAAAGAGGGGUUUCGUGGAAAUAAUCAUUUAAAAAACAAAUUCAAUCAUUCCCUUUUCCUUUAUGUUUGUGUUACAGUUUCACUCUGUCCAUGUGGCAGUGCUGCUAAUGUAGGUGCAUACAUGCUCUCUCCAUCUCCGUUCCUUAUGAGGCUGUUUUUAAUUUCAGAACCCACAAUCUGUACGUUUGUUUGUAUGUUUAUUUGUGUGUGUGUGAGUCUGUGUGUGUGUGUGUGUGUGUGUGAGUGUGUGUGUGGUAUUCCUCCAUACAGGGCUCUACUCCCAGCCCCCCUCUCAGGUCCUCAGAGUACAGUCACAUGGUUUUCAGUGGUGUGCCACAGGUGUUCAGGCUCCAUAACAAUGAGAACGGCACAAAAUAUUUAUAGAACACUUUCAUAUUUCUAUUCAUUCAUGAAACCAUGGUAUUGGCCUCUAUUUGACCUGUUUAUCUCCGGACUUAUUUCAUUAUUUUGGAAUGAUGUUUGAAAGGCCAGUGUCCUGACUUCACCUCAGAAAAAAAUCUUUUGUUAGUUUCUAAUGAGGCAGUUAAAGCUACCAGUGUGUUUUUUUCUACGGUAGGCUACUGAGUCAGUUUCAACCUUGGUAUUUCCUUUUCUGAACUCUUAAUGCCACAAAUUUUAAGAAUGGUUGAAGAAUAAAUAAUUCAAAUUUU